AUGGAUAUUCUUAUUGUGAAAGCACAGAAGAUUGAGGAAAUAGGACGUGCUGGGAGAGAUGGAAGGUUGUCCUACUGUCACCUAUUUUAUGAUGAUGAGAUGUAUUUCAAACUCCGUAGUCUAAUGUACAGUGAAGGAGUAGAUGAAUAUGCAGUGAAUAAAUUUAUGUCUGAAGUGUUUCCUGCUGACAAAAGCUCCUGUGGGAAAAUAUGUUCGUUAAUCAAAGAAUCUGCUUCACGCAGAUUUGACAUGAAGGAAGAGGUGAUUCUCACAGUUUUGACACGCUUAGAGCUGGGUGAUGUGCAGUACUUACAUUUACUUCCACAGACAAAUGUUACUUGUGUUCUGAAUUUUUACAAGACUCCGGCUAUGUCCCUUGCCCAAAAGGUUUCUGCUAUUGCUGUGAUUCUGAAAAGAUCUGAAAAUAGACACGGACAACAUACUUUUGAUCUUCCAACUGUGGCAAAUGACAUGGGGGUCACACCAGUUGAAUUAACAAAUCAGUUGUAUGACCUAAAGUUGAAGGGAGAAAUAACUUAUGAAAUGAAAGACAUGGCCUACUGUUAUAGGAUUCUUGAAGUCCCAACAGACUUAUUGUCUCUAUCGGCAGAUAUUACCAAAUGGUUAUCUGAAGUUGAAAGUUAUAAGGUGCGGAAAAUGGAUGCAAUGUUUAAUGCUGCAUAUUUUGCAGUCAAUCUAUGUGAUAAGAUGAACGGUUGCAGUAGUGCCGAUCACACUUUAUGCUUGCAAAGGAUAAUAUUGGACUACUUUGCUGGAAUUGAUAAUAUUGAUUUCUGCAAGAAAAUCGAUCAAAGCAGUCCUUUCCUGCGGGCAGAUAUAAAGGUUUUUCUACAGAGCAGUUCACAUGCUCGCUUUACACCAAGAGCUGUUGCGAGGGUUAUGCACGGAAUUGCAAGCCCAGCCUACCCUUAUACAAUAUGGGGUAAAACCCAUUUCUGGGGAAGGUAUACCAAGAUAGACUUUAAAGUGGUGAUGGAAGCAGCAAAGGAAGAACUUAAAAAAUUUGUUGGGAAGGAUAUUCUGUAG